AUGUCGCACAACUACGAUCAGUACGGCGGCAACCCGUAUGGCCAGGCCGAGGCUGGGUACGGCGGUCAAUCAAACCCAUAUGGGGGCACCGGCUACGGCUCAUCCAACCCCUAUGGCGGAGGAUAUGACGAGCCGCAACAACAGCUCAACCCUCCCGCGCCGCUCCAACGCCAUGGCGAGUCCAACUACUCGCAGCCGUCGCAAUAUUCGCAAACCGGUGCGCUGAGCCAGCCCAACACGCAGCAGCAGAAUGUCCCUCACACCGACGUGCCAAUGAACAAUGGCGGUGUCUACGGCGCAAACCCCGGCAUGGAGGCGCCAGGCCCACAGCCUCUCAAUCGCGACGACUUCUUCGCGCGCAUCGAAGGCGCAAAGGGUCGCAUCGGCCAGCUCACCUCGGACAUCCAAGCCAUCGCGAGCGUCCACCAGCGCAUGCUGUCAUCGCCCGACAACCGCUCCACCGCCGAACUCGAGAGCAUCGUAACCACCACUCAGAUCAGGAACACGCAAAUCAAGGACGAGAUCAAGUUUCUGGAAAGAGAUGCCGUCCGCGACCCCAACGACAAGAUGAAGAGGACGCAGGUCGAGGCGCUGAAGAAGCAGUUCAAGACGCAGCUCGAGGACUUCCAGAAAGAGGAGGCAGAGUACUCUAGGAGGUAUCGCGAGGCUGUCGGGCGCCAGUACCGCAUCAUCAACCCGGAUGCGACGGAUGCCGAGGUCAACGAGAUCGCAAACUCGGACCUGGGCGACGAGGGUAUCUUCACACAAGCUCUCAAAUCCAACCGCAGCGGCCAAGCCUCAAGUGUUCUUGGCGCCGUCCGCGCCCGUCACAACGACAUCCAGCGUAUCGAGAAGACCAUGGGCGAGCUUGCCCUGCUCUUCACCCAGCUCAACGAGCAGGUCGUCUACCAAGAGCCCAUCAUCCAACGGACCGAGGAGCAAACUGUGCAGGUCAAGGACGACACCGAGAACGCGAACAAACAGUUGGACGAGGGAAUCAAGUCCGCUAGGCGCGCGAGAAGGCUCAAGUGGUGGAUCCUCUUGACAGUCGUCCUGAUUCUGUGCGUUAUUGCGCUGGUACUUGGAUUGUACUUUGGAUUAAAGAACAAAUAG